GUUUGGGUGCUUUGGUAAAAAUAAUGAACAUAAUUUCUAGCGGAUCAGAAUUGCCGUCGGUGAGCAAAUUUGAGAGAGAAAGAGAGAUGACAAGAGGAAAGCAGAAGAUUGAGGCGCAGAGGCGAAAUGCAGAGAGGAAUCUGAAGCCAAAAGGAUCUCAGCUUGAGGCCCGAGCGGUUGCCCUCAAAGUUAGUUGCCCUAUAUGUAAGGCGCAACUAGCAAAUCAGAAUCAGCUUGGCGAUCAUUAUUCUUCCAAACAUCCAAAGGAAAAACCUCCGACUGAAUCAAGUUGAUUGAUUUCCUCUUAAUGUAAAAUAUGCAAAAUAAAAUUUAGAAAAAAAAUGAAAAAGGAAAAAACAAAUUUCAUGUCUGUUGCUGCAAGUCCUAAUGUGUGCAAACUUUUGUUAUCUGAACAAAGGAAUUUACUUUUCAAUAUCUAUCUUUCUGUAGAAUGGGACUUUGUAUGGCUGAUGGAUGAUGUAAGAUUGUUGUUUCUCCUAUUUUUGUAUGGCUGAUUGUGGUUUGUCA